UUUACACAGACUAAACCAGGAACAGGUCUUUGAAGUGAGCAGAAGAAAUCUACUUCCAAAAACUGAUACGUGAACCACUGCUCUACAGCUUUGGUCAAUUAGGAAACCACAAACAGAAGCAGGCACCAACCACUCCAGCGUUAUUUAGAUCCUGGGGGGGUCAAGGGUCAAACCAACGCAGAGGACAUAGGCUGAUUUCCAUUAUGUUUCUCAAUGACCUCCACUGCACUGUAUGAUAAUGCGCAAAUGGAUGCAGACAUGUCAGCUCCAGCGCGUGUUUUCGGGCCUGUACCUCCAUGCUCUGUUCUUACUGGGCAGCGUGCAUCUGUGCACCAGCGACUGUAGCCCCGAGCAACUGGCGGCCAUCAUGAACUGCUCCAAACACGAACGGCACACUCGUAACUAUGACUACAUGGAGGGCGGGGACGUGCGGAUCAGACAACUCUUCAGCCGCACACAGUGGUUCCUCAGCAUCGACGACAGCGGGAACAUCACCGGGACCCAGGACCCCACCAACUGCUACAGUAUUCUGGAGAUCAGGACCGUCUCAGAGGGGGGCAUAUUGGCCAUCAAAGGAGUCAAGAGUCAAUAUUAUAUCUGCAUGAACAAGGCUGGACAACUGCACACCAAGAGAGUCUACACUGAUAACUGCAACUUUAAGGAGGUGUUCCUAGAAAACUACUUCAACGCGUACUCCUCCGUGAAGUGGACUAAAAACGGAAAGCAGAUGUUCAUAGCGCUGUCUCAGAAGGGCCGACCCGUGAGAGGAAAGAAAACCAGGAGGGAGCACGUUGCGUCUCAUUUCAUCCCCAUGCAGUGUCGAGAGGAGGAGCGGCGGAUAGACUGAAAACUAUGGAUCUAACCAUAUAAUAUUAUCACCACUACGUUUGUACAGCCAUAUUGUAAAGUUAAAAAGAGACAUUGUAAAGAAUUGUAUUUUAUUUGAACUGGUUUACAAAAAGGAAAGUCUAAUUGUUGUUGUUAUAGUUAAAGGGGAACUGUGUAACUUUUCUGGUGGAGAGUAGGGCAUUUUCCUUUGUCGUCAUGGAAAUGUUAUUGCUUUGCCUAAAAUGGUGCAAAGUAUGGCAUUAAUAAACUAUGUGGAGGGGACACCACUUGUUUGAUGUCAUGGGAAACAAACGCUAUAUAAAUCAAAAGCAUUAUUAUUAUUAUCACCUAGGAAACAAGCGAAGGACACCACCAGAAACAGGGCAAAUCUGGAGAGGCAAUCCCACGAAUGCAUGUUUUUCAAGUUAUAUUCAUAACAACAAUGGCAUAAAUUUAUAAAUGCAAGAUAGAUAUAAAAAUAUGUUGUAUGAAAGGGGUCUCCAACCCCUGGGCCAUGGGCCAAGGGGCUAAGGGUCAUUUGGUACCAGACCGUGAAUGCGCAAACCCUCCCAUACACCAUGUGGGCCGCGCCUCUAAACCAGAACUAAAACCAGGACAAAACCAGGACUAAACCAGAACUAAAACCAAGACUAAACCAGGACUAAAUCAGGACUAAACCAGGACCAAAACCAGGACUAAACCAAAAUUAAAACCAGGACUAAACCAGGACUAAAUCAGAACUAAACCAGAACUAAAACCAAGACAAAACCAGGACAAAACCAGGACUAAACCAGCUCUAAACCAGGUGUAAAACAGGUCUAAAACCAGCGUGGACUACACACUGUGCCUCCUCCCGGUCCAUGAAAUAUUGUCGGAUAUGAAACUGGUCGUGGCGCGGUUGGGGACCACUGCCGUAUGCCAUACAGAGGCUUUCCAGGCAAAACCGGAGACAGACCAUCCUCCAGAAAAGUUAAACUGUGCAUCUUUAAUGUAUUUUCAUGUAAAGCUGUUGUUUUUCUAUAUAACAGACAGUGAACUUGUAUUAGUGGACUGUUUUGGAGUGACACACCGGCCACGGACAUGUCUGAAAUGAAGCUAAAGCAAGCUGGACUUGACUUUCACAAAGCGCUUAGAGCCACAGAUGCACAGAGGAGGAUGCAGUGAAACGAGUGAAGACAAUCGCACAUAAAUGAACUUUAUUAUAACAGACCAGACUCUAAGGCCAAGGUCAGACUGCAAAUCUACGUGAUUUUACUGUAAUUUACACAUGAAGAAGA